CUGCACACGAUGCUGGGAGGCCUGGGCAAGCUGGCGGCCGAGGGCCUGGCCCACCGCACUGAGAAGGCCACUGAGGGGGCUGCUCAUGCCGUGGAAGAAGUGGUGAAGGAAGUGGUGGAACAUGCCAAGGAGGCUGGAGAGAAAGCCCUUAGUGAAGCCCUGAAGAAAGCCCAAGAGUCAGGGGACAAGGUGGUGAAGGAAGUCACCGAGAAAGUGACGAACACAGUUACUGAUGCUGUCACCCACGCGGCAGAAGGCCUGGGCAAACUGGGCAACCAGUGAGCAUGC